ACCGGAGAGAGUCGACUUGGCAAUGGCGAAGAGAAUAUUAGUUACCGGGGCCACUGGGAACCAAGGAGGUUCUGUUGCCAAGCUACUUCUCAAGUACCCAGACCAAUAUGUAGUGCGCGCCCUUACGCGAGACCCCAGCUCGCCAGGAGCGAGAAGCCUCUCCAAUGCUGGGGCAGAGGUUGUGAGAGGCGACUUAACGGAUCCAUCAACGUUACCUGCUGCGUUUGAUGGAUGCUGGGGUGCAUUUGUCGUCACCAACUUUUAUGAUUCUACCAUCACGGAUGACCCAGCCAGUGAGGAAGAGCAGGGCAAGAAUGCCGCCAAAGCCGCUCUCGCCGCCGGGGUGCAGUGCUUUGUGUGGAGCACACUACCUAGCUCGUUGAAGAUAUCUGGCGGCAAAGUCUGCUGUGAGAUUUACGAAGGAAAACACCGCGUGGACGCAUUCAUCGAGAGCAUCGGGCUUCCUGCUACUUUCGUCUACACGGGCAACUUCUACGAGAACAUGAUCUUCAGAGGACACGUGAAAAGGAGUCAGGAUGGCAAAUGCCUAGAGUUCAGGCAGCCCAUUAUCGCAGAAAAUACGAAACUGCAUAUGCUCUGGGUCCAACGAGAUCUAUCAGCUGUUGUUAAGGCGGUCCUGGACAACUGGGAAACAAAAAGAGCCGACUUGCUACACCAGCAUCUCUACGCCAUGGAUGCUAUACACACCCCAAGCGAGGUUUGCGCGACCAUCGAAAGAGUGGCUGGAGUUCCUACCAAAUAUGUCAUCCUUCCCAAGACAGGUAACGAGUCCCGUGAUAUCAUGUUCAAUCUGUACAACGAGACCGGUACGUAUCCGGGGGUGAAGCUGCCUGACCCAAAAGUGCUGGACCUUGGGGUCAAGCUACACAGUCUGGAGCAGUUCGUGCGAGAAGAUUUAGUGCCGUACCUCAAGUCAACAGGUGACUUGGAAUCAUAGUCCAUGCUCCGGCGUGGCUUCGAGCCCGAUGAUGCCCG